AUCCUCAAGAUACAAUAUGUAUCUCAAUUAGCCAAAUUGACGUCAAUAAAAACAAUCCAUUACGAUCACAUAAAAAAAAGUCACUUGCAAACUCUUCAGUUAUUGCAUUCGGGAAGUGUCAUUAUCCCGAAAACCAUGAACUCACACCCAGGGAUCAUACUUGUUAUGUCUCACCAAAGUUUGCUAAACAAAAUAAUUUUGUCAAUGGAAUCGAGGUGGAUAUCAUUAACGUGCGGCCAGUUGAGUUGGAUGAGGUGAUAAUUGGCGCUUUGGAUUACGAAUCUUAUGAAAUACUAUUAAGAGAUUUAAAGGAUGAUUAUAUGACCACUCAGUUAGCACUUCUUGAAGCUGAUGGUCAAGAUGAACUGGAUGGUGAUGAGUCUGACUAUAUUUCUUCGGUUGCAUCAUCUGAUGAUGAUAGUUGGAAUAAUGUUGUCCCACUUCCAACUAAAUCAAAAUUUACUCCCGUCAUUUUAUCGUCACCCUUUCCAAGUAAAUUAUUGCAACCGGCUCCAAACGAAAAAGAGGAUCCUGAAUCAAGGAUUCUUAUAAGCUUGAAAGAACUUGCGAGGUUGGGUUUUCAAAGUGGAAGUUGGGCUUUGGUAUCAGGACCUAAAAUGGAAAAAUCUAGGAUGUGUAAG